UCGUAAGCAUGUUAGUACUGAAUGGGCUCUUCAGUGUUUAGCUUGACAAGUUUUCCUGAACAGUCAUGGGGGUAGCAGACGGGAGUUAGCUGACAGAUCGACACUAAAAGUUCUCAGAAGCCUGUUUUGGGAAUGCUUUGUCAAAUGUAGUCACCUGAGAAUCUGAAGAUUGGAAGAUUUUUUUAAAAAAAUAGCUUUCUGCAUAGGACAACCAGACACAACAGCUAAGCGAUGAACAACCUGUCAUUUGACGAUUCUUCUUUGGAUAAUCUGGAUCCAACGCUGUCGCUCAAUGAUCCUAAUGAUAUUGACACGGCCCUUCUAAACGACAUUGAUGAUAUGCUCCAGCUUCUUAACAACCAGGAAGUGGAAUUUGAACUCUUUGAUAACCCUCCAUACACCGCACCUGCCACCAGUCUGGACCUUUCCUCUAUUCCACAGUCUGUCACGUCGUCCACCACCCUUCCCACCACAACCACACGUCCAUCCUCUUCGUCGUCCAUCUUAAGCAGCAGCCCCCAUCUGGAUGCACUCCUUGGUCCUCCUAUCACCCGCAGCUCAUCCUCCCCGGAUAAAGCCUUCCAGCACAUUACUUUUCAACAGUCCCCCCUGGCUCAGGUGUCCAGCUCCAUCCCACGGCAACAACAGCAACAGCAGGUGGCAUCCCCCCCGCAAGCUCAGAGUCUCAGACAGCCUAAAGUGGAACCUUCUCAACCCAUUCUGGCUCAGUCUGCAGCUCUCCAAGGAGCUUCAUCUCAUGGAACACCUCUACCAAACCCUGCGUUUAGCGCUACAAGCGCCAAACCUUUCACCUCCCCGGUACCUCAGCCGCAACCUCAGGCUCAGGCUCAGCCUCCAAACCCACCACAGACGCAACUUCAGACCCAGACUCUGAACAGAGUACACAACAACUACAUUGCGACCAGCCCGGGCAAAGUGAGCCAACCUGUUGCCGCCUUGUCCUCUUCACCUCCUCAUGUUCAGCCGGUGGCCAUUCAGACUCAGCUGCAAGGGCUGACUGCCGCCUCUCCUUUGUUGGCAACGUCGGGAAGCCCACCGGCUCAGACCCUCACGCCUCAUGUACAGCAAGUACCUGUGUUACUGCAACCACAGUUUAUCAAAGCUGAAUCUCUGCUGUUGACCUCCACCUCCCUGGCCACUACUACGCCAGUUCAGAGCACAUCACUGCAGGCUUUUGUCGGCGGGGGCACCUUUUUAACAACCGUGCCGGUCGUGGUGGAUCCCGAGAAGCUGCCCAUUAACCGCAUCAUCAACAACGGCAAGAACAACGUCCUCCCAGCGAAGGGAGAGAAGCGCACGGCUCACAAUGCCAUCGAGAAGCGCUACCGCUCGUCAAUCAACGAUAAAAUCAAUGAGCUCAAAGACUUGGUGGCGGGCACUGAGGCCAAGCUCAAUAAGUCUGCAGUGCUGAGGAAAGCCAUCGACUACAUCCGUUACAUGCAACAAACCAACCAGAAGCUCAAACGAGAGAACAUGGCGCUUAAAAUGGCUGUCCAGAACAACAAGUCUCUCAAGGACCUCGUCGCCAUGGAGGUGGAUGGACCAGCUGAUGUGAAGGCGGAGCUGCCUACCCCACCGGCAUCUGACGUGGGCUCUCCCACUUCCUUCUCACAUUGUGGAAGUGACUCCGAACCCGACAGUCCAAUGGGGGAAGAUACUAAGCCAAACUUGGGCACGUUGGACCAGUCGUCAUCGUCAGGCAGCGGCGCCGGCGGCAUGUUGGACCGCUCCCGCAUGGCGCUGUGUGCCUUCACUUUCCUCUUCCUUUCCCUCAACCCCUUGGCUACCCUGCUCUGCUCGUCCGGCAGCAGUUCGGCUAGUAGUGCUGCUAGCGCACCCCACCAUGCGGGCAGGAAUGUCCUGGGCUUGGACGUAGCAGCUGACUCGUGGGGCUGGAUGGAUUGGAUGCUACCGACGAUACUGGUGUGGCUUCUGAAUGGCAUCUUGGUGUCGGGAGUUCUGAUCCGACUCUUGGUGUACGGAGAGCCUGUAACCAGACCUCAUUCUGGAUCAUCAGUCUUAUUCUGGAGGCACCGCAAGCAGGCAGACCUGGACCUGGCAAGAGGAGAUUUUGCCCAGGCCAGUCAGAACCUCUGGACUUGCCUCAAAGCUCUCGGUCGUCCCUUACCAACCUCCCAAAUGGAUUUGGCCUGUGCCGUGCUGUGGUCCCUCCUCCGCUUCUGCCUCCAGCGCCUCUGGGUGGGCCGCUGGCUGGCAGCCAGGGCUGGAGGGCUGCGAUCUGAUCGCCCCCUGCAGGAGGAUGCUUGUAAAAGCAGCCGGGACGCCGCUCUCGUCUACCACCGUCUGCACCAGCUACACAUGACAGGUAAGCUGAACGGUAGCCAUCUGUCAGCCGUGCACAUGGCUCUUAGCGCAGUGAACCUGGCAGAGUGCGCUGGAUCCUGUCUGCCUGUCGCCUCGCUGGCUGAGGUCUACGUCUCGGCAGCGCUCAGAGUCAAAGCCAGCCUGCCAAGGAUCCUACACUUCACCUCUCGGGUUUUCCUGAGUAGUGCACGCCAGGAGUGCCUGUCAACCAGUGGCAGCGUACCGCCAGCUAUGCAGUGGUUGUGUGACCCUCUCGGCCACCGCUUCUUCGUGGAUGGAGAUUGGGCCAUUCGCAGCAUCCCGAAAGAGAGCAUCUACAGCCAGGCAGGCAAUACAGUGGACCCUCUGGCUCAGGUGACGCAAGCAUUCAGAGAACACCUGCUGGAGAAGGCUCUUUAUUGUGUGGCCCAGCCCAAAGGGGAGAAAAGCCCAAGCCAUGGCGAGGGGGAGUAUGCUGAUGCCCUGGAGUAUCUGCAGCUGCUGAUUAGGGCAUCUGAUGCAGCUGGUGCCACAUCCCAAUCCUUUGCUAUUGGCUCCAACAUGGCGACUGUGACGGGCUGUGACCCCCACUCCAAGUGGUGGUCCUCUGUCACCGUGGUGAUCAUCAACUGGCUCCAAGGCGACGACACGGCUGCGGAGAGGCUGUACCCAACAGUGGAGCACCUGCCGCGCACGCUGCAGAACGUGGAGAGCCUCCUGCCUACGGCUUGUCUCAACACGUUCCGAGCCGUGCGGGCUCUGCUGUCCAAGCCGGAGAACUGCCAGCUAAGUCUGAGCCACAGCGACAGGGCCAGUGCCCUCCUUCGAGAUAGCCUCAAUCUGGGCCCGCACUCCCACAGCUCCAGUUUAGACAAGGUUGUCCAAUUGCUGCUGUGUGACCUGCUGUUGGUGAUGAGGACCAACGUGUGGCGUCUUCAGCAGCAGGGGCUCAAUGCCGCUGGAUUUGGAUCAGCGGGCCCUGGCACAGGUCCCGUGGGAGUCCAACAGGCCUCGGCGCCGGAGCUUCAGGGCUUUCAGCAAGAUCUCAGCUCACUACGCAAGCUGGCUCAGAGCUUUAGGCCGGCCAUGCGAAGAUUGUUCCUCCACGAAGCCACAGCCAGGCUGAUGGCGGGGGCCAGUCCCACGCGCACACAUCAGCUCCUGGACCGCUCAUUGCGACGCAGGGCGACACCCGGAGCAAAGACAGAGGAAAGCGAAAUGCGCCCGGGCCAGCGUGAGCAGGCGGAGGCGGUGAUGCUGGCGUGCCGCUACCUUCCCCCGUCCUUCCUCUCGGCCCCCGGCCAGCGGGUGGGCAUGCUGGCCGACGCCGCCCGCACUCUGGAGAAACUUGGAGACAAGAGGACCCUCCACGACUGCCAGCAAAUGAUCAUCAAGCUCGGCAGCGGGACCACCGUCACCAACAGCUAAGAGACCGAGGGACAAGUACACUUGGAUGGCAGGUUCUCAUAUCAAACUGACCACACUGACUUGUAUUUCUCUCUUGGCAACAGCCCCCCCCCCCCACACAGAGAAGGCACUUAUUCAGGUCGUACCAUCUAGGAAGUAGUUUUCUCUUUUUAGUAUGAAUCCAUUGCAGUGCUGCAGUUGACCACAGAGAGGCGCCAUCACAUACCCUCUGUGGAUGUACAGCUGAAUGACAGAGUAUGUGAGAGAGUGAUUUUUUAUUUUUUGAGGGGGAGGGGGGGUGACCGCAUUUGGUCAAUCUGCACUAGGCCGAUGAGGCUAAUUUCAAUGAGAUAUAUAUAUAAUACGGCUUUAUGAGGUUACUUUCAUAGUUUUACUGAUCUGUACAUAUUAUUAUGUAUUUAUAAUCUGUAUGAAUUUUGAUUCAGCAGUAUUUUUACAUACGUGAGAAGGACAAAUGUUUUUUUUUCGUUAUUCAAACGGCUUCCGAGAUGUUCGCAUGUUUAGAAAUGGCGUCAAAGUCGUCAAGGUGACAUUUCGCUGACCUUUUGCAAAUGUUGCUAUUAUCAGCUGUCAGCUGUGUCAGUCGUAGCAACUCUGCAGGCUAACAUGUCAAAUAUUACACAACAGAACGCUCAGCUUCUCUUGGUCGUGGCUGUUUGGUGUCUUCACCACCAUUUGUCUUAGAAGUGUGUAAAAUGUGUGUAAAAUAUUAUUUAGGCAUUUUCUGUGUUUUUGUUGCAGGAGCUAUUAGUAUGUUUUGAAACCGUUGUGUGUGGGUCCUAACAUACUUUCAUCUACAUGUUCCUUCAUGUAAAUAUUAAAAACACUUUUUAAAGAAGAUUUUGGGGUUUCAUGAUUGCGUACUAGGAGAAAAUUACUGUUGAUUAAUUUAAUAGAAUAAAUUAGUCCUUUCAAAAUAUAGUUUUUAUGCCAAAAUUAUAUAUAUUUAUUGUUUUAAUGUUGUGGUUAGCGUGUAGGACACACAGCUGGGAGACUCUGGUUCGAUUCCCUGCUUGGGUUCUCCCUGUACGUGCAUGGGUUUUCUCCUCCCACAUUCCAAAAACAUGCUAGGUUAAUUGGCGACUCCAAAUUGCCUAUAGGUAUGAAUGUGAGUGUGAAUGGUUGUUUGUCUAUAUGUGCCCUGUGAUUGGCUGGCGACCAGUCCGGGGUGUACCCUGCCUCUCGUCCGAAGACAGCUGGGAUAGGCUCCAGCACCCCCACGACCCUCAUGAGGAUAAGCGGUACAAGAACACGGAUGGAUGACAAAGAUGCAUUUGCAAGAAGUGAGUGAGAAACAUGAAAAGCAAAACAAUUCUGUUUAGAACUACAAAUUCACUUUUUUUCUGUUGAUUAUUUUUGUUGUUUUUGGCAAUUUCACAAACAAAACGGCGUGUGCAUUUAGAUGGCGUAGGGGAGGAGCGAUGUGUAACGUCGCAAAUAAAAACACAGUAUAUGUAUGGCAAACACUGCAUUAAGUAAUUGUAAUUAAAUGAUAAAUGAUAUAUUUCUAACUAAUUUAUUUAAUGAUUUCAUGGCUUUUUAAAAAUGAUUUAAAGACAUACAGUAUAAUAUCUGUACAGUAUUGUACCUGAGGGGCUGCUGGAGGUCGUCUUUGUGAGGCUGGGUCACAAGAAGCCAUGCAGGGGAUCCGCCAUCAUUCCCAUCACUGGCAAUGCUUCAGGCUUCCCAGCAUGCUUUGCGGUACUUUUUUAAAAAUAAAAAGUUAACAUUGUUGGUUAAUUCAAUUAAAUCCACAACAGAAGUUAUCUCAAGACACCCCAAUUGUAUUAUUCCCCAUUGAAAUUAGUGGUUGCCUUAUGUGUUUAUUUACCUGUUACAUGUUGUGCUGUCGGUCGAGUGGUUAGCGCGCAGACCUCACAGCUAGGAGACCAGGGUUCAAUUCCACCCUCGGCCAUCUCUGUGUGGAGUUUGCAUGUUCUCCCCGUGCAUGCGUGGGUUUUCUUCGGGUACUCCGGUUUCCUCCCACAUUCCAAAAACAUGCUAGGUUAAUUGGCGACUCCAAAUUGUCCAUAGGUAUGAAUGUGAGUGUGAAUGGUUGUUUGUCUAUAUGUGCCCUGUGAUUGGCUGGCAACCAGUCCAGGGUGUACCCCGCCUCUCGCCCGAAGAUAGCUGGGAUAGGCUCCAGCACCCCCGCGACCCUCGUGAGGAUAAGCGGUAGAAAAUGAAUGAAUGAAUGUUGUGCUGUCAUUUUGUAUUGGCCCAGUGAUUGUAGUUGCUGCCGUCUUGUGGCACCCCCCCCCCCCCCCCCCCGUUCAUUCCUCUGCAUGACAAGCUUGCUGUAAGGUCAGUAUUGGUUUGUGGGUCGCACCUACUCUCGACUCUGAUGUCAAGAAUUGCUGCAAAAUGUGAAAACAUUACAUUUGAACCAAAAUUAUAUGGAAAAAAAAUCAUUUUGGGCGUACUUAAUAGUUAGAAUCUUUUGUCUUGGUUACAGAAAAUGUUAUGAAAUAUGUAUUGCACAUUGUGCACCAUCGAACGGCAGCUUAUAUUACUGUUUUGCAGCCAUAAUUAUUUAAUGGCUUUUUAAAUGAUGGCAUAGUUACAUUUAAACUGGCUCCCCAAUGUUUUGAACUGUUGUGAAAAAAACAAAUAACUAAAAAUAAAGAGCAGUCUAAAGCAUCA